AUGCGACGUAGAGACCCACCGCGCGUGGAGUCCACAAAAGGCAAGAUGACCCAUCUUGCUAUUGAAGGAAAAAACGUUUACAAGCCCCCUAUCAAAAGGAUCCCCCAGACUAUGUUGGAUGACCAGUCUGCCAAACGAUCUGCCCGACUAAAGGGACAAAGGGAUCUCUAUGGGGUGCCAUCUGACAGCUUUCAUCAACUGCCGAGAUGGCCUGAAGAAUGUGAGGUGCUCCAGGAGAAAGUUCAACAUAUCAACUGGAGUCCCUCCAUUCCAGAGCCCAUGUACCAGGCCACUGGGCGAAAGAAAGAAUCACCAUGUGUCUGUUCCACGGCAGGCAGGGUGGUCUAUCUUGCAAAUAAAGGAGACAAGGAACCCUGCUACACAGCCUCGAAAGCAGGGGGGAAUUGCCCCUUGAAGGACGUUAUACCUGAGAGCUGCAGAGACCUUGGGAACACGUUGGCUUUUGAAGCACGUUUUGAGAGUGGGAAUCUCCAGAAGGUGGUCCAGACUGGUGAAUAUGACUACCAGAUAACUCUCCGUACCGACCUGUACACCGAGCGUCACACUCAGUGGUUUUACUUCAGAGUGACAAACACACGAGCCAACGUGCCAUAUCGCUUCACUAUUGUCAACUUCAGGAAGCCCGAUAGCCUUUACAGCCAAGGCAUGCGGCCCCUCAUGUAUUCUGAAACGGAAGCCAAAACCCACCGCAUUGGCUGGCACAGAGUUGGUGACGACAUCAAGUACUACAAUAACAACUUGAGGCAGUACGAGAGUUCCUACUAUUCUGUUUCAUGGACCUUCAUGUUCCCACAUGACAUGGACACCUGCUAUUUUGCAUACAGCUACCCGUACACCUAUUCUAACCUUCAGGACUACUUGGCCAGGAUCGCCAAAGACCCAAAAAAGACCAAGUACUGUAACAUCCGGGUACUCUGCCAGUCCUUAGCUGGUAACAAGGUGUACGAGUUGACCAUCACAAACCCUACCACCACAGCCACAGAAUGGAGGAAGAAAAAAGCUGUUAUUGUAACAGCCAGAGUUCAUCCGGGAGAGACCAACAGCUCAUGGGUAAUGAAAGGGUUCUUGGAUUUUAUUCUGAGUUCCCAUAAAGAUGCUUGUCGCCUGCGAGACACCUUUGUCUUUAAGGUUGUGCCCAUGCUGAAUCCAGAUGGAGUGAUUGUGGGAAACCACCGCUGCUCUCUUGCUGGUCAGGACUUAAACCGGUUAUAUAAGAGCAAGUUGAAGGAGUCUGCUCCAUCAAUAUGGUUUACCCGCAACAUGAUCCAGCGUGUGAAGGAUGAACGGAAGGUCCUCUUGUAUUGUGAUCUUCACGGGCACAGCAGAAAACAGAACACCUUUAUAUAUGGCUGCUCUGCCAAACGUGGUCAGUCUGCAGUGGACAACUUUGGCGAGCGGGUUUUCCCACUCAUGUUUGCCAAGAACUGUCCAGAAAAGUUUUCUUAUGUAGACUGCAAGUUUAAAGUGAAGAAAAGCAAGGAGGGCACAGGCCGCGUGGCUGUGUGGAGAAUGGGGGUAAGGAAUAGCUACACUAUGGAGUCCACGUACUGUGGAUCCACGCUGGGAAAAAGAUGUGGGACCCAUUUUAGCACCAAAGACCUGGAGUCCGUGGGACAUCAUUUCUGCACUACAUUGUUGGAGUAUUGUGAUCCAAAGAAAAGGGCGGAAGUGGAGGAGAUCUUGAAGCAGAGUAAAGGUCGACGCCACAGCAGUGCAACCAGAUCAUUUUUACACCUGCCUGAUCUGGAUGACAGCACUGAUGAAUCAGAUAGCUCGGAUUCUGACGGGGCCCCUGGCCAUCAGGGCCCAGCUAAUAAGGUGAUGUCCAAAAAGAAGGUACUCAAGUCGGUGAACGAAAGAAUUGCCUCAAAGGACACAAAACAGUGCUUGCAGGCCAAAGAUGACACCGUAAGGAGGAAGCAGCUCAUCACCGUGGAUAAAUGUUUGAGCGCACUCGCCAAGCCAAUGGGCCCACCACAAAAGACUUACGCCCAAGAGAAGGUGUCCCAAACUGCUAAGGCCAAUCUUCCUAAAAUUCAGAGUGGUCAGUCCCACCAAGAUCCCAGCAGGAAGAAGGUCUCAAUUGUUAACCUGGUUUUUAAUGCCAAGGAGAGCUCAUUACAACAAAGGAAACUCCCCACACCACAAACUCUAAAGCGGAGAUGGCUGUAA